CCCCCGCUUUCAUAUUAACCGGAACUCCUUAGCGGUUAAUUUUUAAACACACCUCUGCACAGUGGUUUUUAAGUUGUUAAAAACACGUUCUGUUCGGCGGAAAUUUACCACAAAACGCUGAUAGAAUGACCCUCACGUCAAAGACUCCAUGUUUCAAAUCCAAGUUUAUCACUGCUGAGCUGGCUUCUCUGUUCAGCCAGUCAGACAGUGAGGAGGAGUUUGAAGGUUUCAGGGAGGACGAGGACGAGGAAGAGGAAGAGGAGGAGAGGGGGUUGUGUAACAAAUGGCUGAAGAACAAGAUGGUGGAUUCAGAAGAUAGCGAUGGGGACACAGGCUUCUACUCUGAAGGCGAGGAUGCUUCCCCACCAAAGAGGAGGAGUCUUUUAGUAGCACUGAGGUUUCCUAUAAAGAGAUUGUCUACUCCGAAGCAAGAACCAAAGGAGAAAAAUGUCAGGAAGCCGGUUAAAGUCAGUCCUCCAUCACAGAGAGCCAGUGAAAGGCAGAGGAUGAAACUGAAGCAACACAAAGAGGCAGAGCAGAAGGAUGAGGAGAAACAGGAGGAGAAACAGGAGGAGGAAGAGAAUGACAAAGAGGAGGUUCUCUCUCAGAGUCUAACAAAACGAGACAAGAACAUUCAGGAGAACAAGGCCAUGCUGGCUAAGCUGUUUGCUGAUCUGAGCACCAUGGCUGACCUUGCUCUGCCCACAACCCCUCAAAAGAGGAAGAAGAAGCAAGUGUCGGAGAAGACGACACCCCGGAAACGCAAGUUUGAGCCAGAGAUGGGGUCCGAGAGGAGGAACCCGUCUCGCAAGGCUCGCCCGCCUGAGAACUUUGCAGUAGAGGAAAAAAGUGAACCACUCACUCACAGAAGUCCCAGGACUGUAGACCUCAGACGACUGGUGGAGGUGGACGAGGAACAUGUUGGUGACGGGCAGAAAAAAAGGAAAAGCUUCGGUUUGAGGAAGAGCCAGUAUGUGGUGCGGUCUGUGGACGAUAUCACAGAAGAAGACCUGGACAACAUAGCAUAUCGCAGCAAAGACAAGAUCUGGGACAAAGAGAACGGCAGCUCGUGUCACCAGUGCAGACAGAAAACUUUGGACACAAAGACGGUGUGUCGCAGUGGUUUCUGUGUGGGGGCCAAAGGUCAGUUCUGUGGGCCGUGCUUGAAGAACCGUUAUGGAGAGGAUGUUCGCACCGUGCUGCUUGACCCGACAUGGUCCUGUCCAAUCUGCAGAGAGAUGUGUAACUGCAGCCUGUGUCGCAAGAAGGAGGGCCGCUGUGCUACUGGCAUCCUGGUUGGAUUGGCCCGCUACAAUGGGCAUGACAACGUCCACAAGUAUUUGGAGAGUAUUCAGAAGGAGCUGCUUUAAAGUCCAGAGUAUCGGCCAGAGAAGAGAAACCUGCUCGUCCAGCUGUUUCCCCAAGGACGUUGUCAUUUUAAUGCACAUGUUUAGGUUUAGAUCAACCCUUUAUCUAAUCAGUAAAAUUAAUCGACAAGAUUUUUGUUUUGUUUUAUAAGUGUCUCCUUUUAGGCUUCUUGUACUGUUGAUAAGAUUUAUAUAACCUCAUUUACAGUUGCAUGAGAUGCAGGGAAGUUUCAGUUGUUUUAGGGUGUUGGGUUGUAUAUUAUCUUUGGGAUAUUUCUGCUCUUGUUGUCCACAGGAACACAUGGUUAAGUCUUUUGAACCAACUACUUCUACUUAAGUUCACUGUAAGUGUUAAUAAAGACUGCCAUUGUCUAAAUGA